AUUUUCAGGUAAUUUGCUUGAUUGGAGAUGUUUCUUUCCUCCAUGAUACAAAUGGUCUGGCAAUUCUCAAUCAGAGGACAAGGAGGAAACCUUUGACAAUUAUAGUGGCAAACAAUCAUGGUGGCGCAAUUUUUAGUCUGCUUCCAAUGGCAAAUCAAACUCAACCGAGUUUGCUUAAUCGGUUCUUCUACACGUCUCAUAGCAUUUCCAUUGGCAAGCUGUGUCAAGCACAUAGUGUGAAACAUUUGCACGUUCGGACAAGAAUGGAACUAGAACAUGCUUUAGUUCUAUCUAGACAUGCACCCACUGACUAUGUCAUUGAAAUUGAAAGCCGCAUUGAAGAUAAUGCCACCUUCCACAGAAUUCUAAUGAAUUCUGCUCGUCAAGCAGCUGAUCAUGCUCUAAGGAUCCUUUCAAAGCUUUCUGUACCAGAUCAUGUCUGUAGCAGCUUGUUUCUGGGCAAGGUUCAAAAAAUGGAAUAUUCUUUAUAUAGAAUUGAACUUUGUGCCCCACGUACUUCAACUCCCUCCACUUGCAACUCAGAAAGGUUCUACCGAGAAGGCUUCAUUUUAACUUUGUCUCUCAAAGAUGGAAGCGUAGGGUUUGGUGAGGUUGCCCCUAUGGAAAUCCACACAGAAAAUUUACAAGAUGUGGAGGAGCAACUACGAUGCAUACUUCAUUUGAUCAAAGGAGCUGAAAUCAGUUAUCUUUUGCCUUUGCGGAAGGGAUCAUUUUCCUCUUGGUUAUGGGAAAGGUUAGGAAUCAAGCCCUAUUCAAUCUUUCCAAGUGUCAGAUGCGGUUUGGAGAUGGCAGUCUUAAAUGCUUUAGCAGAAAGACAAGGUUCUUCUCUGUCAAGUUUACUUCUUGACUGUGAAAUUUCUUCUCAAGAAUCUGCCUAUGUAAAAGAAGAUGAAGCAAAGGAAAGAAUGUCAAGAGUUGAGAUAUGUGCUCUUAUAGAUUCUGAUGGGACUCCCAAGGAUGUUGCCAGUAUUGCAGCAAAACUAUUUGAGGAAGGUUUCAACACAAUUAAGCUAAAGGUUGCAUGGCGAUCAAAUCCGCUUGAAGAUGCUGCUGUUAUCCAAGAAAUUAGACAGAAGAUUGGGUACGAGAUCAAAAUCCGUGCUGAUGCCAAUAAAAAAUGGACAUUUGGACAAGCAAUUCAAUUUGCCUCUGCUGUAAAGUGUUGUGAUCUGCAAUAUAUUGAGGAACCUGUGGUUUUUGAAGAAGAUAUUAUCAAGUUUUGUGAAGAAACUGGUUUACCUGCCGCUUUAGAUGAAACUAUUGAUGGUAUGCAUCAAGAUCUUCUCAAUAAGCUUUCAGUGUACAAACACCCAGGCAUAGUUGCUGUUGUAAUCAAACCAAAUGUUGUUGGUGGGUUUGAAAAUGCGGCACUGAUUGCAAAGUGGGCUCAGCAGCAUAACAAGAUGGCAGUUAUCAGUUCUGCUUUUGAAAGUAGCCUUAGUUUGUCGGUAUAUAUUCAGUUUGCAAACUAUCUUGAGCAGCAAUACACACACAUAUGCAGAGCUAAGUACAAAGAAACUAAGCCAACAAUAGCUCAUGGCCUUGGGACUUAUCAAUGGCUUAAAGAAGAUGUCACUGCUGAACCACUUAGGACUUGUGUUCAUUCCCAUGGGGAUAAGGUUGAAGUGUCGGUGCAAGAUGCAGCUUUGCUUCUUCAGAAUUUUCGGAUCAAUAAUGAAAUCAUCCAGAGAAGCUACAAGGAAGAAGAAAUUCAGACAUAUCGAGUUUCAGUCAAUUGUCAGGAGUUCUCCUAUUCCCUCAAAAUUCGAGAAGCUGGAAAAUACAUACAUAUGAUGCAGGACAAGGUAAUCAUAUUCCUUCAUGGCCUUCUUGGAACUGGAGAAGACUGGAUUCCUAUAAUGAAGUCCCUUUCAGUCACGGCAAGAUGCAUUUCAGUUGAUCUUCCAGGCCAUGGGGAAUCACAGAUACAAAAUUGUGCCAAUAAGGAGGGAAAAGUGGAGUUCGGUGUUUCAAUUGAAGUGGUUGCAGAUGUGCUGCAUAAGCUUAUUCAAGAAAUUACUCCUGGAAGAGUUGUCCUUGCAGGAUACUCAAUGGGAGCUAGAGUUGCACUAUACAUGGCCCUGAGAUGCAGCAAGAAGAUUGGUGGAGCAGUGAUAAUAUCAGGAAGUCCAGGAUUGAAGGAUGUGGCAAUGAAAAAAAUUCGCGCAGCACAAGAUGAUUCAAAGGCACGGUACCUUAGAGCUCAUGGUUUACGGAGCUUCUUAGACAUGUGGUAUGCAGGAGAUAUGUGGAAUAGCUUACGAAAUCAUCCAUAUUUUGGACAAAUAGUUGAGAGCCGUGCACAUCACGAUGAUGUAUCUGCUCUUUCAAAGGCUAUGUCAGGUUUAAGCGUUGGGAGACAGCCGUCCUUGUGGGAAGACUUACAGCAAUGCACAAAGCCCCUACUGUUCAUUGUCGGAGAAAAGGAUGGAAAGUUCAAGGAAAUUGCUCAUCAAAUGUGCUAUGAAUUAAGUAAUAAUCCAGGUAACAAGGAUAAAGAAGGGAAAAAGAUCCAUGAAAUGAUUGAGGUAUCAGACUCUGGCCAUGCUGUCCAUGUGGAAUGUCCUCUUUCGGUGAUCAGUUCAUUGAGUAAAUUUCUGAUAAAUUUGGAAGAGUCACCUGUUUGAUAAAGAGAGCCAGCCUCAUUUGGUACCAUGUAGUUCAAUGCUGUAUUUAGAGUGCAGGGGGAAAGGACAUGGAUAACCUCAUGACAACCUUGGGCGCCUUCAUUCUCAUGGCAUUUCGGAUGAAAUUACAGUCACAAAUACCACCUUGGAGUGAAGAGAAUAAAGUUCCUUAUUGCAGAACUGCAGGCUGGUAAUGUCCAACUAUACACUAUCUCAAGAUUCUCAAUGUAGUAAUAUCCAACUGUACACUCUACAUUUAGAGUAUAGAGUGACCAAACCAGCUUAAUUUUAUCACCAGUAAAAGGAUUGGUGUUGGUUUGUUUUAUCUAAUAUGUAUUAUAAAUGAACAAGGGGGGAAAAAAUCAUUUCUUGUCAAACAAAAACAAUGCUUAUUCAUGUAAACCCAGUUACUCCUUUUGCUGGCUCAACAAAAAUGCCACAUCCUAUAUUCAUUGAGUAA